CAAUUCAUUAGUUUUUAAGAAUGAAGAUGGAUGAGUAAAACUUCUGACUUUUCUUAUCAAUUUUAGGUUCAUAAUCUAUGAUACCCCAUAUUGAGUGAGCUUAUGGCAAAUGGGAUCUCAUAUUACUUGGAAGAGAGAAGUUCUUGUUCCGUGAUUUUAAGGGGCUCCAAUUGUACCAUUUGAGUAGUCCUUUUGGAGUAUGGCCUAGAUGUGUCUUGGGCCUUCCUUGAGUCAUUACAAAUGGUAUGUGAGCCAAUGCCAAUGAGAAAUGUGGGACUUGAAUCGUGCCACCUAUGAUGGAAAGACCUGACAAAAUGUUGGGAAUUUUUUUUUUUUUUAUAUAGGUUUAAGCAUAGAGCCUGUCAAGACAUACAACCUUGUCACCACUUGACAAAAUGUUGGGAAUUUAAAGGGUGGAGAUUUGAUACCCCAUAUUGAGCAAGUAUAGGUGGUGAAUAAGAUCUCACGUUGUUUGUGAGGGAGAAGUUCUUGUUCUUUAUAAUGAUUUCAUGGGCUCUGGUUGUAGCAUUUGACUAGUAUUUUUGUAAUAUGGCCCAAAUGUGGCUUGAGCCUUUUUUGGGUCGUUGCUUAACCAUAUUUUCUAUAUAAUGCGGGUUCAAGAGAGGACUAAUGAAGCUAUUAAAUAUAUUGCUGUCAGGGUGCUUGGAUAUUGACAUUGAUAUUUUUUGAGUUUGAAUUUGUUAUAAAAUUUAGUACUCAAAUUUGAUACCAGAGAGCUAAACUCUAGGACAUAAUAAAACCAGUUGAUUUUAAUUCAUUAACACAUCUUGCGUUCACCCCAUUAAAUUGAGGUUUUAGUUGAAAACUAAGGGUAAUUAAGAUUUCUUGGGGAAUUGCUUAUGUUAUUUUUAAAUCUGCUUGAUAUUGAUGCAAAAGACUUCACGUCCUAUACCCCAUUGAAUCCUGAUAUAUAAUCAUUGAAAUCUACAUGAUCUGGGGAUUUGUUUUCCAGUGGGUGGGUUUUGGAGAGUAUUUGUGGAUGGAUGCUGCAUGAAAAAUUUGUUACUGAAUGUAGUUUAUGAUUGAUUUGGCUAGUCUUUCUUCUCCAGCGUAUUCUAUCCAUGGAUGAAAGCUCACAUGUCUUUCUUGCUCUCUUCUCCCACUCCAACUUGGUGUAUGUUUUAUGUUGAACUCUCAUUUUUAUCAUUAACAAAGCUUAUCUUACUUGUAUGAAAAAAAAAAUGUGAAAUUGUGGCUUUGUACCUCUAAAUGGCUAAAGGGAUUGUUCUGUAGUGAAAUGAUAUGGUACGAAAACAAAUUAGUUAAGAAUCAUAAACAUUUUUUUACAUUUUUUUCUACUCUUUGCUCUCCCUUGUUGACUGUCAUUUUUUUUCUUCUUUAUACAGAAAGAAUCACCACUUGAACUGGCAACACAAUCUGCUCGUCCAGGUAAUCAAGCUUUAAGAAGUUCUAUGGGCUGAAAACUGUUCUACAUUCUCUAGAGCCAAGUUUGAAAAAUCAAGGCAAGGGAGUGCAAGAAUAACCCCAUUUUCAUCAAAGAAACUCAAGUGGAGAGAUUGCAAUCCCAAGUUGCAAAGGCUGAGCUUUUAUUACGAGCUUGAUUUCUAGUGUUUUUUUUUUAAGCAAAGAGUGAGGAUAAAUGACCCAGCAAAGGGUGGCGGUAUAGUGUGAGAGAUGGACCACGCUUUUAGGGCCACAUGCCUUGCAGGAAAUUUGAUGUCUCCUACCUUACUAACUCGGACACCAAGAUGGCCAUUUUUCUCUGCAUGUGUAUUGUCACUUAGUUUGAAGUCAUCCCCAUUCCCAUUUCUUGCCAAGGCUAGUGCUAGUGCUAUUGCUCGUGGUCAUGGUUUUCCUUAUAUUAGCCAACAGAUUGAUAAUUUGGAAAAAAACAGGGGCAACCCUUCUCAAUUUCAUUCUCUGUUCCAUCAUCUGCUGCUGGGUGAUGUUAGUUGCUGCUGCUGCAGUGACGACGGCAGCAGCAGCGGCAGCAGCAACAACAACAACAACAAUAAUGGUGGUUGGAAUAAUCCUUACGGUUUUGAGGGAUCUUGGUGGUGGCAUGACGAUUCUUCACAGUCUCAUUACCCUUUUCUCGUGGUAUUAAUACUCUGCUGGUCCAUGUUAUGCUGCUUCUGCCAUUUGCAAUUUGCCAAAUCUGCUCUCGCAAGAACUACUGCUACUGGUGCUUUUACCUCUCAGGAGGAGUCUGAGUCAUUGGAGCCACGGUCUGUCUGGGAAGUAAAGGGAGGUGAGUGGACCAAGCUCAUCCCUGAUAAUUAUUAUGAUGCAUACAUUGUUGCCCAACUUGAUACUGGAGCUGGUAUUAGACUCACUCAAUCCUUCAUCCAAGAGAGGGUAUGGUUGUGCUGCAGAGAUCUCUUUAUGCGUUUGAUGCUCCCAGAAGGUUUUCCACACAGUGUAACCAAUGAUUACUUGGAAUACUCGCUAUGGAGAGGAGUCCAGGGCAUCGCUAGCCAAGUCAGCGGCGUGCUUGCCACGCAGUCCUUGCUCUAUGCCAUUGGAUUGGGGAAAGGAGCCAUCCCUACUGCUGCUGCUAUCAACUGGGUUCUCAAAGAUGGAAUUGGGUAUCUCAGCAAAAUUAUGCUCUCCAAGUACGGGAGGCAUUUUGAUGUUAAUCCCAAGGGAUGGAGGUUGUUUGCUGAUCUUUUGGAAAAUGCUGCUUUCGGACUGGAGAUGCUGACUCCUGCUUUUCCACAUCUUUUUGUUCCCAUUGGUGCUGCUGCUGGAGCAGGACGCUCAGCUGCUUCACUCAUCCAGGCUGCUACCAGGAGCUGUUUCUAUGCUGGUUUUGCCGCUCAAAGGAACUUUGCUGAGGUAAUUGCCAAGGGUGAAGCUCAAGGAAUGGUGAGCAAGUCUAUUGGUAUCAUGCUUGGUAUAGCAUUGGGUAAUUCCAUUGGUUCCUCUACAUCUCUUGCUCUUGCUUCUUUUAGUGUGGUUACUUGGAUCCACAUGUUUUGCAAUCUGAAGUCAUAUCAAUCCAUUCAACUGAGGACUUUAAAUCCUUAUCGUGCAAGUUUGAUAUUUAGUGAAUAUCUCCUUAGUGGCCAAGCACCUCCAACCAAAGAAGUCAAUGAUGAGGAACCCCUUUUCCCAGCUCUUCCAUUUCUUAAUUUCAAUUCUUUGUACAAAGCGCAACCAGUUGUCCUAUCAUCCGAGGCAAAGGAUGCAGCUGCUGAAAUUGAGUGCCGGCUGCAGCUUGGAUCUAAGCUCAGUGAUCUUGUCAGCAACAAAGAGGAUUUACUCGCUUUGUUGAAUCUGUAUAGAAAUGAAGGCUACAUUUUGGUUGAGCAAAUGGGAAGAUUCUGCGUAGUGCUUAAAGAAAGUUCUUUACCCCAUGACAUGCUCAAGGCAUUGUUCCAUGUCAAUUAUUUGUACUGGUUGGAGAAAAGUAUGGCAAUUGAAGCAAGAAGUGCUUCCUAUGACUGUCGAACUGGGGGGAGGCUGCAAAUAUCUCUAGAGUAUGUUCAAAGGGAGUUCAACCAUGUCAAGAAUGAUGGGGAAUCAGUGGGUUGGGUCAUGGAUGGCCUUAUUGCAAGGCCUUUACCUAACAGGAUUCGAGUAGGGAAUGCGGCGUCGUCUUUUGCUUCUUGAUACGAACCUCUGGCUCUGGAUGACAAUUUCCAUCUGCAAUCAGUUGGACAAUUUUAAAUAUUGCUAACAAAUAGAACAAUUAAUCAAUAUUUUCAAGUGUGCAAUAAAAUGGGAAUCAUCUUUUA